GAAAUCGGCUCAUCGUCGACUCGUCAGUCGAGAUCGUCGUCUCUGCCAAGACCUGGCUUACCCGUUGGUCGUACGCUAUUAGCGUCGCACUUGUUGGUGCGCAGAAUGUUCCAUGUAAUGGGGCGCAGAGUGUCGCGUGCUAGCCGUAUCGGUGCCGGUUCACGCAAUGCUACCUCGAUAUUGCCGGCUGCCCGCCAAGCGCACGGCCCAACGGACACAAGGAGGUUCGUUAUUGCCGGGCAGUCUGGGCGUUCGUUGCCUCCUUUGCUUUGUUUACCUUGGAUUUCGGCUAAACCUGAAGAAAAGGGGGUUACACUAUCUUGUGGUCGCACACGACAGACCGCGCAUUAACCUCAGGCAGAAUGGGGAUUCGAGAGAGGCCGCUGCAGGCGGGACAGUCGGCAAAGAUUCACGCUUCACCGUCGACGGACCUUUGUACGCAAAAGAGAAGCCCAAGCAUCGUCGCCUCGCACUUCAAAGAUGCCCGUUAGGCAAUCUGGUCCACAGUCAACUACUGGUAAUCCAACAGCCGCUGGAUUCAAAAUCAAAAGAAGGUCAUCGAGGGUUAUGUGGUAUGGCGCGAGUCAUCACACCUCGUUGGGGUCCACCGCCUCGGUCAAAUUUGCUCCCUUGUUGUGGUGAAGCAAGAGAUUUUGAACCCCCCUUUGGAGAAAAGCCUUCUCCAACGAUCCUUUCACUUGAGCCCUCUUGUUGUGGGGGUUACGGGCCAUCCGAAACAGAUGACAUUGGGAACGGGGAAAAUGGGAUAGUCAAGUGAGCGUUCGACACAUGAAGCCGUCACUGUUGGGGGUUUGUGUUGUUCAUGAACCACUCAUGCCGACUUCGAGAACCGUCAAGACCCGGAUGCGCACGGGGCCGGUGCGCCGCGUCUGGACUUCACUUCUUCUUGUGCACAUUUUGUGCUCCUCAACCCCAGGUUUUUCUGUCCUCACCCUGCCGUGCUAAUCCCGGACGAGACCUGAGCAGCUCCGGUUCUAAACAACUGGACUUCCACAGUCUCACUGGCAGCGUGAGAGUCAGGGUGUUCAUCCAGAGUCAAUAGCGUUCCUUAUCCGUUCCCUCCUGAGCCUCGAUUUCGGAAACCGAGUCUUGAUCCAAUUUCCAAGUUGGCCGCCUGUAGAGUUGCGAAAACUCGCGGACGCGUAUGCUUCACCACUAUGAACAUGCUCCUGAGGGAGUGACUUCAUAUCUCAACAAACAGGGAUGGGGCCUUCCAUUCUUGGUCUCGAAUGUCGAUGGGUGUACCUGGUGUUGGAACUCGACUCCACCGCAGGAGCCACGAGAUAUCCACCGCUUUGGGGGACUACUUUUUUAGGCCUGUCUCCCCGGUUCGGCUCACAUACAUUUGAAGGACCGCUUGCCUCGACCUUGGUCCAAGUUUGUCAGCCGUUGGUUCAUCCUCUCUUCUCAUACCACCAUAGCUCACCUCAGCUCAAGCUCGUACCGUCACGAACACUUCUCACUUCUCGCUGGGCGCGACAUAGUUCCUGAACCUCCCUGGACACUCAGCAGUUCGUCCCAACAUCGGCCAAAGUUCCCAAUACGGGGGGACGCCUCUCUUCCAUCCGUCAUAUAACAACACCCACCGGUUUCGAGCUUGUGAGAGCUGAUCGUCAAGCCGCCACAAUGUCUCGCAUUCAAAACCAGCCAAAUACCGUCUGGAUUCGCAAUGGCAACGCCUACAGCCCUAUCGAGACGAUUGAAAUCGUCGGCCGUCUGGGCACCUUCAAGGCCAACAUGUUCCCCGCCAAGGUCUUUUGCUCGGCCGUGUCUGCCGGCUGUAUAGCAGCCUUCGCCUCCGGUGCCACCCUUGUCGCCAUCAAUAUUCCCUGGAUGGCCGAGAAUACUCCUGGUCUUGUCAAGACUCUCAGCUCCAUUCUCUUCCCUUGCGCCUUGGUUAUGAUCUUUAUGAGCGGUGCCGACUUGUUUACCGGUUCGACCAUGUUAACUGGUGUGGCUUGUCUUCAAGGCCGUAUCCCCUGGCAUAAGAUGUUGCUGCACUGGUUCAUCUGCUUCUGGGGUAAUUUCGCCGGCUGUCUUUUUGUCAUGGCGAUUAUCUUUGGUUAUGGCGGCUUGUUUACGGAUCCUGCGCAGGUAAAGGUGAUCCAAAACCUCGUCUACAACAAGCAAGUUGUUCCCGAAUGGCAUCAGAUCUUCAUUCGCGCUAUCGGCUGCAACUGGCUCGUGUGUCUCGCUGCCUAUCUCGGUCUGGCCGGUCGGGAUCUCAUGUCCCGUGCCAUGGGCAUGUGGUGGCCCGUGUUCUGCUUUGCCAUUCUCGGUCUCGACCACGUUGUCGUCAACAUGUUCUACAUUCCCUUUGGUAUCUGGCACCACACCCCUGGCGUCACUGUAGGCCUUUACAUCUGGAAGGGCAUAAUUCCUUCUCUCCUCGGCAACGUCAUCGGCGGCGGCGGCUUCUGUGGAAUGUUCUACUACUUUAUGUAUCUCCACAACCAGGACCCGGUUCCCAUUGACGGCAUCUACUUUCCUGCCGACUUGGCCAAGCUCGAAGAGGGUGGUGCGCUUCCCCAGUACGAGAGUGACGAAUACGUCGUUACCACUCAGGAGCAGAAGAAGCAAUAAUUCUGACGAUUGUGCGGCGUUUGAUAUAGUUUAAGAGUUGGUUUUGGAAACGGCAUGCAUGGCGUACGAUAACUGGUAUGGUCUCAUAUCGGCGGAUGGAUUUGGACACCCCUUUGGAGAAAGAGUUUUGGGCCACCCGCGCGCAAAGGGGGGCCGAAGCUUGUAUAGGUACGAAGGAAGUCGUGCAUUGUGGGAAUCUCACUCCCCUCAUUGCGGGAUGAACGGCAUAAUGAUGGAAUCCAAAUGUUGGUUACGGUAAACGUUAGUGCAUGAAGUCACACUCACAGAGUACCUACCUACCUGGGUACAUAGAUAGGC